CUUUUUCCUUCAAAGAGUCUUUGCCUUUUAUGUCCAUGACGCUCGCGGCCCUGAGAGGUGGGCCGGCAAAUGCUUUUCAAAUCCUCUUUUGCAGGUGGGGCCCGGGGGCCAGAGAGGUUAGGCAAUUUGCCUCAGGCCACAGAGCGUGUCAGCGGGCUUGGACCCGCUUCUCUGGGGAGAACCAAGUGCCGGCUUCUCCACGGAGGACCCUGUCUGUAGGGAGGGGGCCCGGCUGCUGGGGUGCGGGGCGCUCGGUGGGUACAGGCGAUGCCAGGAGCCCCGCUGGGGGAGCAGGUCCUGGGGCUGAACCACAAUCUCGGGGCUGCCAGCCCGGGGCUGGCUCUGUGCCCGGGGCCCAGGGUUUCCGCUCACAGAUGUCCCAACAGCCCCGCGAGGGCGGGAAGGGCACCCAAAAAGGAAGAUGUCUUGCUCCCCUCAGCCCCAAACCACAGUGGCCUGGGAGGCCGCGGCUCCUGGGCCGAGACCGGCCCGCAGGCCAGCAAGGGGCCCGGCCGGCCCACCUGCCCCUCCGUCCCCCGCCCGGCGCCUGGCCGGUGGCACGGACCCCCGGCUGCCCGUCACCCCAGGAAGGCUGAGGCUGCACUUUGCAUCAUCCUUGGGCGUGGAGCUGACCUCGAAGAACGAAUUCGAAGAAAACAGGAGGAGGAGCAGGCAUCCCGCGGUGCCCAGCGCCCAUUGGUCGCCCGUGGAAACUUUGGUUUUUGGGGUCAUGUUCCCAGAAGGCCUGCCCUCCCCCCUCCCCCUCCCCACCCACCUCACGAGGUGUUGGCCAAUCGCUCCGGCAGGCAAUAAAGUGGCUGUCAGCCCGCAGGGCUCCCAGCCCGGAGGUGUCAUCCCCAACAGGCACAGGCCGGAGCGUGGACACCCAGCAUGUGGGCACAGCCUACGAGGAGGACGCUGCUCAGUCUGAUCCUCAGGCUCCUGUUCCUGAACCCAGUGUUCAUGGGCGCCUGCCCGGGCGAUGGCCAAAAGCUCCUCGAGCAGCUGUGGAACCAGGCGAACCUCCUGCAGGACACCAGCUUGCUCCUGGACCCCUAUGUCCGCAUCCAAGGCCUUGACACGUCUGGACUGAAACAGGGCUGCCAGGAGCGCCCCGGGGUGUUCCCCAGCAAGCAGGCCCUGGAGGGGCUCAGCAGGACGGAUUUCCUGCGGACCCUCAGCACCCAGCUGGGCCAGGUGCUGCGCAGGCUGCACGCGUUCCAGCGGGACAUGCCCGGCGUCCAGGCCUGGGGGCUGGCCACCAGGUACAUCCACGGGAUCAGGAACAAUAUCCACUGCAUGGAGGAGCUGCUCCCGGGCUCCCCGGACACGGCUGCACCCCCGCAGGCGGGCCCGGGGCCCUCACCGCCGCCCACCCGCACCCCGGACGCCUUCCAGCUCAAGUUGAAGGGCUGCCGGUUCCUGCGCGGCUUCCACCGCUUCAUGCACUCGGCGAGGCAGGUCUUCCACGAGUGGAGGGAGACCUGGAGCCGGAGGAGCCGGAGACAAAGCCCCCGCCAGGCCCGGAGGGGCAGGAGACUCGUGCCCAGGGGGCAGCUGCCCCGGUAGCCCCCACCCCCUACCCCCCCAGCAGGGGGAGGACCAGCAGGUGCUCUCAGGAUGGUGCCCGGGUCUCCACACCUGCUUCCCAUCUCUCCCAAGUGCACUUUAAGGGGUGAGAGCCGGGUCGGCUCCUCUACCUCCUCCCGGACUGGGGGACAGGACCUCACCAUGGUGCCCCCCAGCCGACUUCCCCAGUCCCAGUGGGGUGUCUGGGUCAGGCCACGCGGGGCCAACUUUCCAUUGAUUCAGGGGUCUGAUGACACAGGCUGACUCAUGGCCAGACUGACCGCCACCCCCCACUCCGCUGCCCGGAGGUCUGCCGGCCCUUCCCUCUCAUGACUUGCAGAGCCAUGGCCCCCAGACUUCCUCCUUUUAGUGGCGGCUGGUUCCAAGGGGGAGGGGGGUGGUGGUCAGGGCCUGAGCUGGCCUCGGAUGCCUCAUUGCCAGACACCUGGACGUCUGGUGACCUCACUGCAGGCAGCUGUGACCGGGGCGAGUGUCCUGCAAGAAGCCCCGAUGGGGCGGGCGGUCCCAGGAAAGGGGCUCAGGGCCCGGCGUGGCCCCUCGGCGGCGUGACCUCCCCGGCCCUCGGUUUUGUCUUUGUGAAUGGAAGGGGGUGGGGACCGGGGAAAGCCGUGCCUGUCAGCUGCUGGGACUCACUGACACCGGAUGGGUUUCAAGUUCUUUCCAUAAACUGGGGUCCGGGUGCAGACGGACCGGGGUGCAGACUGAGUUCUGUGCAGGGCACCUCCCAGCCCGCGCCCGGCAGCGCCCGGCCUCGGGUUCUGGCUGCCGGCUGCUCCCCCUGGUGGUGGGUCGUGGAAUUUCUCUCAGGCCGAAACCGAUUGUCCUUCUGCGGGUUCUGGGCCAGUUCCUUGGAGGAAUGUGAUUAAUUUAUCGUUUUGUUGUUGUUGUUUUUUUUAUCAGUUUGUAUCUGUUUUUUUUAACCAUUUUUAUUUAUGAGGCUUAUUUAUGAUGUGUAUUUAAUGUUAAUAUUGUGCCAACGUAUAUUUAAAACAUGUCUGGUUUCUAA